AGCUCCACCAAAUCUCAGUUUGCAUCCUCCUCUCCUCUCCUCUCCUCUGCUCACUCGCUCAGAGCUCCUUCUGUCUCUCUCCUCCUCUCUGCAUCUGCUGGUUGCUCUCCCCGUCAGCCUUGUGAGGGCUCUUGUGAGGCAUCUUCCUCUGAACAUCUGCAACAGCUUUUCACCCAGAGAAAGAAAAGCUUUUUUUUUUCCUUAAGCCUGCAAGAAACUGAGAUCCAACUGUCACCAUGGAGGCCAUCAAGAAGAAGAUGCAGAUGCUGAAGUUGGACAAGGAGAAUGCCAUCGACAGGGCAGAACAGGCUGAGUCCGACAAGAAGGCAGCUGAGGAUAAAUGCAAGCUGCUGGAGGACGAGCUGCUGGCUAUGCAGAAGAAACUGAAGGGAACAGAAGAUGAGCUUGACAAGUACUCGGAGGCCCUGAAGGAUGCUCAGGAGAAACUGGAACUGUCGGAGAAAAAGGCCACAGAUGCGGAGGGCGAUGUGGCAUCCUUGAACCGCAGGAUCCAGCUGGUGGAGGAGGAGUUGGACCGCGCACAGGAGAGACUGGCCACAGCCCUGCAGAAACUGGAGGAGGCUGAGAAGGCUGCAGAUGAGAGCGAAAGAGGCAUGAAGGUGAUUGAGAACAGGGCCAUGAAAGAUGAGGAGAAGAUGGAGAUCCAGGAGAUGCAACUCAAAGAAGCCAAACACAUCGCUGAGGAGGCGGACCGCAAAUACGAGGAGGUCGCCCGUAAACUGGUAAUCCUUGAGGGUGAGCUGGAGAGAGCAGAAGAGAGGGCAGAGAUUGCAGAGCUUAAGUGUGGUGACCUGGAAGAAGAGCUGAAGAACGUCACCAACAAUCUCAAGUCGCUAGAGGCUCAGUCUGAUAAGUACUCUGAGAAAGAGGACAAAUAUGAGGAGGAGAUUAAAGUCCUGAAUGACAGACUCAAGGAGGCGGAAACCCGUGCAGAAUUCGCAGAAAGGACAGUGGCUAAGCUGGAAAAGACCAUUGAUGACUUAGAAGAGAACCUAUCGAGCGCAAAAGAGGAAAACCUAGGAAUGCACCAAGUCCUGGACCAAACACUGCAGGAGCUCAGUAGCUUGUAAAACGCCAAGAAGAACAUCAAACAAUAAAAAUGAAAGGAACAAAAACAUUUGUUUUGUAAAAGACAUUUUCUACAUGCCAUCCAUUUUCUGUAAUUUCACUCUUAUUCUUGGUUGUUAAAACAAAUGUACCCCUUUUAUAUAUUUAUGGUUCUUUUGUUUCUUUUCCCUUUUUUAAAAAUGGUUCUGGGUCCAUAUAAUAUUCAGUUUCGGUGCUGGGAAUUGUGUUAUAGGCAAAAACGCUGAGCACAAAUAAAACUGACGAUGAUGCUGA